AACAAAAGUGUGAGAGAGAGGGAGACAGAAAGCGAGAGAGUGAGCGAAAGAGACAGACAGAGUGAGGGGGCUUUUAAAGGAUUUGACAGUGAUUUGUAGAAUCACAGUUGUGGAAUGUUCGGUCUCUUCCAGCGUUUUAUAGUUUCUUAAAGCUCUCAAUACUUUCUACAUUCAAAUCUCACCUUAAUCAAAUGAAUCUUUAGAUUGUCGUUGUGUGAGAAGACUGUGGAGUGAGGACAUUUUAAGAUGAGAGCUGAAGACUCGGAUGUUGGGGACAUCUACUGUCGUGCUUCAAAACCAUCCAACUUCAGCUCCAGAUGGGCUCUCACUGGCAGCUGCAUCAGUCGGAGACACAGGUAGAGAAGAAAGCAUUGUGCUGUAGCAGAAGAACCAGCCCCUUGCAUGGCAGCAACUAUGACAUCACAUCUACACGCAUCAUCACUAUGCCAUCACUACAAGAUCAGCAGGGCACCCAGACAACACGUGGGCUCCCUGAUUCACGUCAUGUGGAUAGUGAUGAUGGGAUUUACUCCAGAAUCCUCGGCCUCCUCCUCAGGAACUCAUUCCAUAAAGAUCGAGGGUGACAUCACUCUUGGAGGGCUUUUCCCGGUGCAUUCCAGGGGCCCCGCUGGUGUUCCAUGUGGGGAAAUUAAGAAGGAGAAGGGGAUCCAUCGUAUGGAGGCCAUGUUGUAUGCGCUGGACCAGAUCAACAGUGACCCAGACCUGCUGCCUAACAUCACCCUGGGUGCCAGGAUACUGGACACGUGCUCCAGGGAUACAUAUGCGCUAGAACAGUCCCUCACCUUUGUCCAGGCCCUCAUCCAGAAAGACAACUCAGAUGUUCGCUGUUCCAAUGGAGAGCCUCCCAUCAUUCCAAAACCAGAACGAGUGGUAGGGGUCAUCGGGGCUUCGGCCAGCUCAGUGUCCAUAAUGGUGGCCAAUGUUCUUCGACUGUUUGCGAUUCCUCAGAUCAGUUAUGCUUCAACAGCACCUGAGCUUAGUGACAACAAUCGCUACGAAUUUUUCUCCCGAGUCGUGCCGCCAGAUUCCUUUCAGGCCCAGGCGAUGGUGGACAUUGUCAAAGCCAUGGGAUGGAAUUACGUUUCUACUCUGGCAUCAGAGGGGAACUAUGGAGAGAGUGGUGUAGAUGCUUUCAUCCAGAUAUCCAGGGAAGCAGGGGGUCUUUGCAUCGCACAGGCCAUUAAAAUUCCUCGGGAGCCAAGACCAGGAGAGUUUGACAAGAUCAUCAAAAGGCUAAUGGAGACAUCCAAUGCCAGAGGGGUUAUUAUCUUCGCUAAUGAAGAUGACAUCAAGCGUGUCCUGGAAGCAGCAAAGAGAGCCAAUCUUACAGGUCACUUUUUGUUUGUGGGAUCUGAUAGCUGGGGAGCAAAAAUCUCACCCAUCCUGGACCAGGAGGACGUGGCUGAGGGUGCAGUUACCAUCCUCCCCAAGCGGGCGUCCAUUGAGGGGUUUGACCAGUACUUCGCCACAAGAUCUCUGGAAAACAACAGGAGGAACAUCUGGUUCGCUGAGUUCUGGGAGGAUGACUUCAAAUGCAAACUGACACGGCCUGGAAUCAGAGGCGAAAGCGGGCUGAGGAAAUGCACAGGAGAAGAACGAAUCAGCCAGGAUUCGGCAUACGAGCAGGAAGGGAAAGUGCAGUUUGUGAUCGACGCUGUGUAUGCCAUGGCCCACGCUCUCCAUAGCAUGCACAUAGACCUUUGUCCGGGUUCAAUGGGCGUUUGUGACAAAAUGGACCCGGUGGAUGGAAGAAUGCUGCUGAGCUACAUCCGUGCUGUCAAUUUUAAUGGCAGUGCCGGUACAGGUGUGAUGUUUAAUGAAAACGGUGACGCCCCAGGACGAUACGAUAUCUUUCAAUACCAGCUUUCCAAUACCACCAGCCCGGGAUAUAAAUUCAUCGGCCAGUGGACCAACCACUUGCGACUCAGUGCUGAGGAAAUGCAGUGGUCUGGAGGGGAUAAAGUGGUUCCAGACUCGGUUUGCAGCUUCCCCUGUGAGUCUGGGGAGAGGAAGAGGAUGGUGAAGGGCGUGCCGUGCUGCUGGCACUGUGAACUAUGCGACGGCUAUCAGUACCUAUUGGACGAGUUUAGCUGUGACAUGUGUCCCUUUGACAUGAGGCCGACCCCUAACCGCACGAGCUGCAGACCCACUCCCAUCAUCAAGCUGGAGUGGAGCUCUCCGUGGGCCAUUAUCCCGGUAUUUCUGGCAGUGCUGGGCAUUCUUGCUACAUCAGGAGUCAUCAUCACCUUCAUCCGCUUCAACGACACCCCCAUAGUCCGUGCUUCGGGCCGAGAGCUCAGCUAUGUUCUCCUGACGGGCAUCUUCCUCAUCUACCUCAUCACCUUCCUCAUGAUCGCCGAGCCAGGCUCCGUGGUGUGCGCGUUCCGCAGGCUGUUAUUGGGGCUGGGCAUGUGCAUCAGUUAUUCUGCCAUGCUCACAAAAACUAAUCGAAUCUACAGGAUCUUUGAGCAGGGAAAGAAAUCAGUCACGCCACCAAAAUUUAUCAGCCCCACAUCCCAGCUGAUCAUCACAUUUAUUUUGAUCUCAGUACAGCUCCUGGGUGUUUUCAUUUGGUUUGGAGUGAUUCCCCCUCACACGAAUGUCGACUUUGAUGAGCUACGUCCCCCCAACCCGGAGUAUGCUCGUGGAAUCCUGAAAUGUGAUAUGUCAGAUCUGUCUCUGAUUGGCUGUCUGAGCUACAGUAUGGGGCUGAUGGUCACAUGUACAGUCUAUGCCAUUAAGAGCAGAGGCGUUCCUGAGACCUUCAAUGAGGCCAAACCCAUCGGCUUUACCAUGUACACCACCUGUAUCAUCUGGUUGGCCUUUGUUCCCAUUUUUUUCGGCACAUCACAAUCCACAGAAAAGAUGUUCAUUCAGACCACCACGCUGACUGUGUCCAUGAGCUUGAGUGCCACGGUGUCCCUGGGCAUGCUGUACAUCCCCAAAGUCUAUGUCAUCAUCUUCCACCCAGAGCAGAACGUUCAGAAGCGCAAGCGUAGCUUCAAAGCCGUGGCCCAGGCAGCCACUGUUUCCACUCAUCUCUCGCAGAAAUCCAACGACAAGCAGAACGGAGAGACCAAAAUUGAACCUGAUAGAUCCCAAUAAAGACCAGAAGUAGUCUGAGGAGAUAGUCAAGGCAAACUGCUGUUUGCUAAAUCAUUCAUUUCGCAACCUCAAAUGGACAAGGAUCACCAGAGGAUGUGCGGAUUUGUAAUAUCUGCAACAAGAGAAGAGUCUGGCUGAGAAUAACACUGAAAUAAUGAAUUAAUUGUACAAUAUGUACAGAAAUUAGAGGUUCAAUGGAUUCUUUUUGAUGUGGAACUCUCACAUCAGCUUUGAGACUGGAACGUAUUGUCCCCUUGAAUAUUUCCCUUGUCACCAGAGCAUCACCAACCGAGUUGAAAAUAUAGAUUUGUGAAUUCAUGAUGAAGAAGAACAAAGUCACUGGAGAAAAACAGUAGAACAUUUCUUUUACCAGCAUUUCUUGAAAGACUAAGUGUUUGCAUCUGAUGUAUCCAAACGGAAUCGGACAUAAACUUGAGUACAAUAAUAAGUCACAUUCAGUUUCAGUGUCAUCUCCAUCCUUAUCUCCUUAAGUACAUAUCAUAAAUGAUGACAGAGCUACAGAGACAAUGUUGGGAUCAAAUAUGUUUCAACAGUCCAGCCAGUAGAACGCAGACACAUGGAGGUUUCACUCUCUUUGAACUCUUUGCUUUCGAAAAUGUGCCAUAACUUAUGUUUCCGAAUAAAUGUUUAAAGUGUCUUGUGUGCAAUCCUUAUAAUAGGCAAUCCUGUAUUCUAAAUCAUAUUUAUUAAAAAUGAUAGAUUACCAAGAGAAAACAAUGACAAUCUGUAAUGACAACAAAGUUUUGAUUAGAGAUGUUUAGUUUUAUCAUGUUUCCUUGAGCUCCCCAAGAAAUACUGAUUUUUAAACAAAAUGUAUGCUAAUGAUCAGUAUUUAAUGAUU